AAUCUACUGAAUUAUAAAUAUCAACAUAGGAAUUUUCACUUUAACGGCUUAUCUUUAGAUGCAGUUUUCCAUGAUGAUAAAAUGUAACAGGAUGUAGAUGUUCUAAGUUUAUGUAAUAAACGGCGAAUCACUUUCUACAGGCUUUGCGGUGGGUUUCUUCUCUAAAAUGAAGUGAUUCACUGUAUGAUACCAGUAAGAUAAAACAAAAAUAUUAAUCAUAAAUCAGCAAGAUAAUGCUCUGUUAUCUACUGAUACGUGCUUAUGUUUAAUGUUGUAUAAACCGAAGCAUUCGAGUAGAAGUGUUUGUAAGGGUACUUAGUGGGUUUUAGUGCAUUACAUAUUUGUUAUGCGAAAUUAUUGUAGAAGAAAUGGAUUUACUGAAAGUUGCUUUGAACAUUGACGAGAAGGAGGAAUAUUUUGAGAUAAAAAAAGAAUUAUCUUUAAAUGAUACGUUACAAAAAAUAGCCGAUGACUAUCAUCUGGUUCCUUCCGAAAGUUACGCAUUACGCUUUUGGAGCAAUCCGAAGGACCUAUCAAGUUGUGUUUACAUCACAGAUGAAAAUUUUCACAAAAUAAAGAACGGUGAUGUUUUAAAAGUGACUGACUCGCUUCAAGUUGUAUUGUCCAGAAUUUUUAAAAAUUUGAAGAGUACUUACUUCAAAGACUGCGGCUUCAGUGAGUUGAAGAACCUCAGUUCUGACGACGGAUUUAUAAGUUUCUUGGUGGAAUCCAAUAAAGAUACUGAAAUUCUUACAAUAUUGGAAUCUGAAGAUCUAAUCCCUUCUCAUAUGACAGCAUGCCUCGCUGUUCUCUUUACCUUAUUAAGAGGUGGCUACGUAAAGGAAAUUUCACAUGGUGUAGUCGCACGAAUUAUAAAUUUUGUCAAAGCGGCUGAGCCAACUUUAGCUGAUAUUCAGUAUGGAUUGAUUGUUUUAUGUCAAAUUUUAUACAUGAAAAAACGAAGUUUCGCCAUACCGAAGGAAAUGAUUUUUCUUCAACUGAGUAUAGAUGAUAUAAUUCCUUACGUUUGCUCUGAUGCUUUACCAAAUCUUCAGCUCAACGCACUGAUGCUAAUUAACGCGCUUACUAAAUAUUCGAAAGAAGACAAAAGACGAGAAAUUAUAAAAGAACUGAAUAAAACCCAAAAUAGAGAUUUUAUUUACAAUGGUCUUAUUAAAGGCAAAAAGGUUGCACCUGAUAUAGCCCAUCAAUUGUACGUUUAUCAAACAUGCAUGCUCAACAUUUAUUCUGAAUUAUUAAGAGACACCGUGAACGUCGACGAAACACGUGAAUUUUUACCAUAUCCACUCAUGACUACAAGAAAAUCAAGAAAUUCAGACGAUUACACUGAAGAAAAUGCUUCUACAGUUAGCUGUAGUUCGGUUUAUUCAAAUGAUAGAUCGUCAUUUGGAAGUAUCCUUAACGACAAUUUUGGAGCUUAUUCGUCUGAUGACCAACGUACAGAAGAUUCUACAACAUCUUCCACAUGCCGCUUUACCUAUCAAGCAUUACGCUAUUAUAAAAAGAAAUAUCCUAAGAAAUUCUAUAAUUCUCAAAGCAAAGAAAAUGGAUUAGGACAGGGGAUAAUACUCACAGCCGAUAAAGUUUUAGGUGUUAUUAUAAAAAUACUCGAUAUUGGUCACGAACCAAACAAAACAAGUGAAUUUUUUCACCCCUUGCUUUUUAACACCUCCCUCCGGGCGCCCUUUAUAUACGAACUGUUUUCGAGAGCCAUGGCAAAAGUUUCGAAAACUAGAGAAGAAAUGAAGGCAUACACUUCACGGGAUUAUGAAAAGAUUUUUAUUGUGUUAGAAAAAGGAAUUAGACUUACCCUUGAAAAGAAACCCACAACUUACGAGGAAUUGAAGAUAUACCUGAGCUCUGUUACGUAUAAAAUUGUAUCCGAACAAUGGGAGAAAGAAAAGAGUUUGGAAUGGAAGAAUUUGCUUGAACAUCAUCCUAGUGUACUCGAUAUGAGAAUGAAAAUGAAAGAAGAAAUGGAAAACCUUAUCUAUAAGCAACGGAUAGGAGUUGUUCAGAGAGGAGGUAUAUUUCCAAAAAUUCCUGAAAAGAAAAAUAAAAAUAAAAGUUUUUUCCUACGACUGUCGGAGAACAGAAAAACUCUUUAUUGGGGAGAGUGGAAUGAAUUCCAGAAAGAACAGCAUCUUACAAAAUCAUUUGCGGUUUCCGACAUUAAAUAUGUCAUUAUAGGAAAAGCGUGUCCUCAUUUUAAGGAUAACAGUGUAAAAGAUUACGAACGAGUAUUUUCUAUAACUUUUUCGGAUGAUAUAGAAAUUAUCAAUUGUGUGGCCAAAAGUAAAGACAUGUGCAACAUUUGGAUAGACGCUCUCUAUUUACUUAUGGGAGUAAAAAAGAGAAGUGAAAAGUACGCAAAAGAUUUGAAAAUGUUGACUGACAUGCAAUGUACCAUGAAUCUGCUCGAAUUACAGGAAGUUCCAAUACCUUUCGAAGCUCCUGCUGUACCACCUCCACCUGGUUCAUUACCUUUCUAGGUCUAUGUACCAUACGUAUGCUAGAAUUGGAAAAAAUGAUACACAAUAGAAAGAGAAAACUGUGUACGUCUGUUAAUUAUCUGUUUUUUUUUAAUUAGAUACGAGUUAUUAUUAAAUAAAGUUUACAAAAUAAA